CUCGGUGGCAAUCGUGGACACGUCGAGCCGGUCACUAGUGGAGGGGGUUGAUGAAGAGUCGUGAGGGGGCGACUGGUUAAGGUUCUGAAAGGGAGGCGCCAGUGGCGGGACUCGAUCUGGGAAGAAUCUUCUGCUGAUUCUCAACUUUUCCUGGAAAAAUGAGCCAUUCCCACCAUAUGGUGACGAACUCUGUGGACCACAGCAGUACCAUGCCACCUUCUCACCAUCACCCGGCCACUUCAGCCUCCCACCUCCACGGAGGGGGAGACGGCAACAUGAUGAUGAUGCACAUGACCUUCUACUUUGGCUUUACGAAUGUGGAACUAUUGUUUUCUGGCUUGGUGAUCAAUACAGCUGGAGAAAUGGCUGGAGCUUUUGUGGGAGUGUUUUUACUAGCAAUGUUCUAUGAAGGACUCAAGAUAGCCCGGGAGGGCCUGCUACGCAAGUCACAAGUCAGCAUUCGCUACAAUUCCAUGCCUGUUCCAGGACCAAAUGGGACCAUUCUUAUGGAAACACACAAAACUGUUGGGCAGCAGAUGCUGAGCUUUCCUCACCUCCUGCAAACAGUGCUGCAUAUCAUCCAGGUGGUCAUCAGCUACUUCCUCAUGCUCAUCUUCAUGACCUACAAUGGGUACCUCUGCAUCGCUGUAGCAGCAGGGGCCGGCACAGGAUACUUUCUCUUCAGCUGGAAGAAGGCAGUGGUAGUGGACAUCACAGAGCAUUGCCAUUAACGUCAAACUCCAUCGUGUGGCCUUAUCGAUUGCAGUGGGAAGCAGUUCAAGACUGGAAGACAUUAUUCCUACUCGAAUCUCCCCUUCUUGCUCCUUAACUCCUUACACACACACCUUCUCAACAGAGGUUUAGCUUACAGUCUCUGAGCUAAAAUAGUAACCCCUGACUGUUCUUCCUGCGCUGAGAUUCCCGUUUCUCUUGAGAUGAAACCACCCAUGAGAUGUCUUCUCCAUUAUCUUAGAUCCAAGAUAUAUGUUCUUGUCUAAUACAGGUAGCUGUCUCUUCAGUGACUUGAUCACCUGCUUUCUUUUUAGUUUUUAGUUUUAACAGACAAUCUGAAUUUGGUGGGGUUUUCCUGGGUCACUGGUGGAAAAGGAUUGACUUCAGCUAGGAUUCAUGGCAGCUGAGGGAAAUUCUUGCCCAACAAAACCCAGAAUCCAAACUUAACACUAAAAAAUAAGUUCUAGUCUUUGGACUCAAUGAGUGGGAAAUACGUUGUGCCUUUCCCUAGGUGUGAUGUGUUGUACCAAAACCUUAGUAGUGCACAGAAGGUGGUUUGAGACUGUAAGUCUAGAGCUUACAGAAGUGUGCAUUUUGGGGUGGCUGACUCAUCUGUGGUGUUCCCACUUAACAUUUUGAUUAGAAUGAACUUGCCAAUCAAAAAAAAAAGAUAUGACAAUCAAGUUGAGAAAAUAGACGUAAGUAUUUUAAAAUAAAACCGUUGACAUUUUACUUUGACUUGGUACCUUGGUUUGUCACAACUGAAAGAAGCAAAAAGUUUGAAUCGUUAUCUCCCAUUAUGUUUUAUGUGUCUGCCUCUAAACCAGUGGUUUUCAAACUUUGGCAGGCAUUAGAGUCACCUCAAGGGCUUGCUAAAAACACUAGUUGCUGGGCCUCAACCUAGAGCCAAAACAAGUUCCCAGGUGAUGCUCCUGCAGAUGGUCAGGGGACCAUACUUUGAGAAUCUCUGCUUUAAACCUGGUGGGGUGAGCAUGGUUAUUUGAAUUACUGAUUGGCAGGUGGUAUGUCUGGGCUUCACUCAUGUACUAAAUGCUGCUGGUCGAUACUUAAUCAUUCCACAAACAUUUAUUCAGCUGUGUGUGUAUGUGUGCGCAAGCACACAUGCGGGAAGGGCUAUAGCCAGAGUAACUUUAUCAGCAUUAUGAAAUCACUAGUCCUUAUUUGUAAAGAUCUUGGAAAUAGCUUGAAGGUUGAGAAAGACCUUUGAUCUGAAAUGCAAAUUAGCCAGUCAUAGGCCAGAAGGACAAAAGUCUAGCCCAAAAGUCUAGUCUUUGGAAAGGCUUAGGGUGUGGUCUGCUGAUGGCCAGAUAUUCCUUACCCCCCAACAUCCAUGCCCACACCAGGCAGAUCCUCAUCCUCUACCUGACCAUCUUUGUUACUCUUGGGGGCUUAAUUAGAUGACAGGAGGCCAAAAUCUCUUCUCAUGAAGAACCACAUUGGAGUUUCAGUUGUUAGUCUACGCUGCAGCUUUGUUCCUAGUCCAAACUACCUCUAUAAAGUGACUCUUCUAUGCUGGUCUGUUAAAUCCUGCCCUCCUUGGUGCUAGACUCCACCUGUGCCUCAGGGCAAAAGAGAGGACACAGCUAUCCAGUUGGUUGUGGUUGUAAAGUUUGUACUUUCUCUGUGGGUACAGUUAAAUAGUGGAGCGAGGAAUGUGUACUUCCACAGCUUUGAACCAAGAGAGGGUGAUGAGCCUACUGGAUCGAGAUUAAAACCUAAGAACCAACGCUUAGAGUUUUGUGCUUUUCUCUCAUUCCAACCCCUUGUAGUGCUGAUACUUAGGAUGAGCAGAGUGAAAGACUGGUACUGACAGAGUCCAACAUUAAGGUGUAAGUAGCCUGUGAUUGCCUCAGAAGCCAAGGAAUAACAAAAUUUUGAAAAAUAAAAUAAGAAUGUUUAGUAGUGACCCUGGUGCUCUCUAGAAAUCUUGGCACGAGCUGCUAUAAAGUAACCUUUUAGGAACAGGACCUUAUAAUUAAGGUAAAAAAGAAAUCAAGGCCAGUUAAGACACAGUGCUAUGAAUUUGAAACUGGGAUAGGUCUUCAGAUAGUCAAGAUAGAGUCUCCUGAAAAACCUGAAUUCCAGCAAUUCUUAGACUAGGUUGCCAAAGCAAGAAGCUAAUGAAGGAGAAAAAUAAUAAUAAAGUUUAAAUUCCUUCUUUCUUGAGCUCUUGAUUGUGAUAAUAUAAUGAUCUUGUUGACUUUCAUUUCUCUAUCCCUGUUCAUUUGAAAUUUUAGUGCCUGACUUCUUUGUUCCUUUUGGAUCCAGAUUACUCUUUUCCGCCUUCCCUGUUCAAAUCUUUUAGAAGCCUGUAUCCCUAUUUCUUUGGCAUCUAUGUUGCUCUCCAUUUCCUUUUUCUUUCAUAACUAGAAGAUAACAUCUUUCAUCCCAUAUUUCUAAUUUAUCAAUUCUCCCUUGCCUUCCUGAUGUAGAACAUUGCCUAUGCAAUAGAUAUAGAUACCAACCAGAAGUUGAAACACUUGGUAGAGACCUUAAGCAUGUUUUGAGCAGUUGUCCACUGGAAUUUCUAUGAAGUUGGGUAAAGGGCUACCUGGUGCCAUCUGCAAUUAUAGAAUCUUAGUUGUGCUCUCCAGUCUGUGCUGGAGGAACACUCAGCUCCUCAAUGCCCACAAACUCCGUGUCCAUCAGGGAAGUAGAGAUUAAGGUUUCUUCACUACUUCUAGUGAAGGUAGGAUAGUCUGGAGUUCCCUUUCAGGCUGUGGGGCACUGUUCUUGAGUUCUAGCCUUAAAGGGUUAGGAGCUGGAAGGGGGGGGAGCAGGAGGUACACUUUCAUGUCAUUUAAUUUUGAUCCUGCCCUUUCCAGCUGCUUCUUUCAGAAGAUACAUCUAAAGAUACAGAGUCUGCAUUUGAUGUAAUGCCUUAAUCACUGGGUCCACAGUUAAUGUUGACUGUUUUAGAUUGUAAGCUCCUGGAGAGCAGUAUUGCUACAGUAGGAAUGUUUUAACAGUGUCGUGUACAAAAGAAAAUAAAUAUUUUGAUUUUGUGA